AUGGCGAAAUUUAUGAGAGUCCCGUUGGCCAUUUGCGCAAUAAGUCUCCAGUUGCUUGUAUUCAUAUGCGCAGUGGAAUAUGAUUUCAUGAAUGGUAUGAGCUCUUUGGAUACCAAUCCCCUGGUUGCAUUCCAUAUAAACAUGGAUAACAUUGGGAUUGCAACUCUGGCAUGCCCACGCCAAGUCAACGGAACUGAGUACGUAUGGCAUCCACAACCAACAGCUGAUCAUGGCGCCAGUCUCAAAACCUAUGUGAUUGAAGACGGCAAAUUUCAUUCCGUCCCUUUUUCGAAGGUAGUGGUCACCGAAGCACCACGCCCAUAUGUUCGGAAAGUGUCAAAGGAGUCGCAAACAGACUUGCAUAUUGAUCUAAUGGAUGACGAUAUAUAUGCUAUUACUGAAGAACGUUUGGUAUUCAUCUGUGGUCCUAGGGAUGUGGUAUUGAGUGAUGCGCUGCAAGGCCAACUUGCUCGCCUACGGGAGAUCGAUGAAAGAGAAGUUUAUUUAUCUGAUCCAACAACGUCAUUGGUUGACGAAAUAUCUAAAAUAGGGAAGGGCUUGGGUGUGGUAUUCUUGCGCAGAGGCCUUAAUCAUCAAUUACUGCAAGGCUGUGGAAGUCGUCCCUCGAAACUCUUUGCUCCAGAUAAUGACGUGACUGUAGACCAUGUCACUGGCACACGUUCUUGUGUAGUUAAUCCUAUGUCGACAUUACGUACUGGUUUCGUUUGCAAGGGCAGAAUAGAACCGAACGAUUGCAUGAAAUACCUCCUGUACGAAGACAGAGUGGUAGCUGCUCCUCGACCAUAUUUGUAUCGUUAUUUUAAUACCCAUAAGCCUUGGGUUGUAGCUAGAUAUUUUAAUGACGUAGCAUUACCCCGCUUCAACGGCGAAUGUCGAUGCAUAGAUCCUGAGACUGGUCACGUGAAGGCAAGGAUGGAGAUUCGUUGGAAAACUGAAUACGUUUGUGACAUAGCUAGCAUAAUUGCCCGUAACAGGUUCAAGCCUAUUCGUGGCCCCUGGUGUUCAGUGAUGCUACAUCCGGGUGCUACGUUGACCAUAAAGUUGCCCAAACAGAUAGUCAAGUCGGCUGCUGCUGACUCGGAAUUCGAAGAAGACGGCGACAUUGAAGAGGAUGCUUCCACAGCCGCAUUGUCGCAAAUGCCGUCUAUCCACGAAUACGAAACUGAAUUCAAGCCGGACACGUCAUUGACGCUACGUCAACUACAAACAAUUCAUGACAUCGAUCUUUACGACGAAAUCUUGAUCCACGAAGCAUUUACUGGCGACGUGCUCGAGGUAGAUGUUUCACAAAUGGAGAGAGGAGAGGUGAAGCUGAAGUACCGUAUGGACAGACCUCUGGCGUUACGAAAAGGAUACAACUCGUUCUUAUAUCACUGGACAUUCAUAUCUAGAAACGAAUAUGUUCUUGAAAAGAUACGCGCUGUGGUGAACGUCUCAUUUGCGCCUAGUUAUCGCUACAAAAUUGUUGGUUGUGACCGAUGUAGACCAGGUAUGUUUCAUUCGGCAAGUGAUUUUGACUUCCUUACAAUUAAAGAGAUAGGUUAUGGUGUGGGGGAAACAUCUGAAUGGGUGUUAAAUGUCAGGAGUGGCGAGAAACAAGCCGGCAUUCGAUGCGGACACAAUGAGGAACUGUUUCCAAACAAUUGCGAGUCCACACUAUACGAUCUUUCCUCCAAUCAGAUUACGCCAUUCCCUACAUCUGUGCGCAAUGUCACACUUUACCCCGUUCGAGGAUUUCAGGUAUUCGAGAUGAGCUUCCAAAAUGUGCCCGUCAGUCACGCUUGCAGUUGUGUCGAUGAACAUGGAUACGAGACAUCUAGGCUAAUUUUGAGAUCCAACCGUCGUGAGGAGUAUGAGUAUACAGUAAGUCGUGAAGAGGCAAAUCAAAGAUUGCUGCCUUACUCAUUACUGCCAUGGAGUGAGGUGGCAUUCUUAUACGGCGAUCGCACUCCUAUGCAAUCAAUUACGCUACACAACAUGCCACAGAGGCCUAUAAAACUACAUUCGGGCACAGAAUUCAUCAUGCGAUGUGUUAUGGAUCACGCGUUGUACAACGGUGGGAAUAAUGCCGUCGGACCACCUACCUGGUUACCACAUUUUCCAAUAUACUACCAUUACAAAGUAUAUACUACGGCAGAAGGAGAUAGAUUGAUUAAAAAGCCACACGACGAGAGAAUAGCUGGCACAAGAGGUGGAUUCAAAGUCAUUCUGUCAGAUUAUACGGACGAAUAUUUCGAUUUUAGAAUCAAAUCCGAUAGCGGCGCAAUUUUGGUAUCCACGGAUCCAGAUCACUCGGAAUACGUGCCGAUGACGUUCGUUUGCGGUAAGGAGCUAUCAGAAUCAGAUUUUGGUCAAAUCAACGAUGAAGAAGCUGCAGCUGCUAUUCCCCCGCCUGUAGCACCGUUAGAGGAAUACACGUGGAACGUAAUUCAAAUUGACGUAGAGAUGACGGACCCCUACAUGCAAGGGUGCGGCGUUACGUACGGAUCAGAUAAGCUUUUCAAACCUGAGACACCCAAACUCUACGAUUCUAUUGGACGACAACGGAUCGGUUGCACGAUCUACCUUCAAGCCGCUAAAGAAGCGGCGUUCUACUGCCCAGCUCCUUACGUCCGGGACCCACCCGGUUGCUUCGACCAGGUCUACGUCGAUGCUGAACUGAAGAACUUGAGUGACAUCAGUCAGUCCUUGGAAGUAUCGCACACUAAUCAUUUUGUCACACUGAAGUUAAACAGCGAACUCGUAGGACCAUACGAGACCCUGCGCCAGAACCCGCCGUUGGAGUGCCGAUGUGUCACCAUCAAGGGCAUCGUGCUGUCUACCAUCCAGAUCGAGAACUACUACGCCAAGUAA